AUGGGUUCAGUCUGCUCUGCUAUCGGACGCGCUAUUAACAGCGUCAUCUCCGCUAUUGCAAAUGUAUUCAUGGCUAUUGUCGGAGGCAUUACUAGCGUCCUCGUAGCCAUCUGGAACUUCUUCGUCGACAUCAUUUGCUGCCGAUGUGGCUCACGUCGCCGAACCAGAAGGGCACGAUAUUAG